AUGGGUCUGGCACAGGCGAAGACUCGCCGGAAGAUCGGCAAGGAUCCCAACAACACAAAAUGGACCAAGGACCUCGACUCCUUCGGCCAGAAGAUCCUGCGAUCACAGGGCUGGGAACCUGGCCAGUACCUCGGUGCAAAGGACGCCGCACACGCGGUGCACCACACUGCGGCCAAUGCCUCAUUCAUCCGCGUAGCCCUCAAGGACGACAUGCUCGGUCUUGGUUUCAAGCAGGCAAGGGAUGACAGGGUCACCGGCAUGGACGUUUUCUCCGACCUCUUGGGACGGUUGAACGGCAAAUCAACCGAGGUCAUUGCGAAGGAGCAGGAGGCUCGCACGGCACUGAAGAGCACCCUAUAUUGCGACAAUAAGUUUGGACCUAUGCGAUUCGUCAGCGGCGGAUUCCUCGUUGGCGACAAGAUCAAGGAAGAACCCACGGCCGAUCCCAAGGGGGAGGACAGCGACGACGAUGACGUCAAGAUGGAGGACGUCCCGAUAGCCCCCGAAUCGAGCAACAAGUCGAAGAAGCGCAAGGCCGAAGAGUCGAGCGAAGACGAAUCUUCAUCCGAGGAUGAGAAGGCGAAGAAGAAGCGGAGGAAGGAGGAGAAGAAGGCCUCCAAGAAGCUGAAGGCUGAGGCCGACGGCGAAGAGACCUCAACGAGCGAAAAGAAGGACAAGAAGCGCAAAUCAAAGUCUGCAAAGGAGGAUGCAUCAGAAGAUACCCAGGACGAGACGGAGAAGAAGUCGAGAAAAGACAAGAAGAACAAAAAGGCGAAGAAGGAAGCCGGCGAUGAAGAGGAUUCCUCUGACGAUAAGUCAUUAAAGAAGAAGCGCAAGGGAGAGAACGAUGCCGAGAAGGCUGCGAGGAAAGAGGAGAAGAAGCGCCGCAAGGAGGAGAAGCGCGCAAAGAAGGAGGCGUCUCGCGAGUCCACGUCGACAACACCGACGGUUAGCGGUACUUCCACGCCGGUGCUCAGAGGCCACCACGCCGUGAGAUCACGGUGGAUUGCGCAGAAGAGGAUGGCGACUAUGGAUGACAAGGCAUUGAACGCGAUUUUCAUGUACUUUAUCAACUUGGCAACACUAGCGACGAUUGGCAGCCUCUCGGUGAGAAUAUCACCCUCUGGCGACGAGGAGCCCAAGCUACUGCUCGCAGUACCCGCCGUCUCCCUCUUCCUCGUCUCAGGAGUCGGGGUGAUCAUCACGAUGUACGACGUCUGGCCCCGCACGGGACACCGGCGUCUUCUCGGCAGCAUCCUGGGGUUCACUGCCACGCUCGUGUACGCGAUCACAAUACCGAGCUGGACGUUCGGCAUCGGGCAGGUCCUGGGACGGGGUUUUUACCUCCUCAGCGGCUUCCACGUCGGGUUCUGGCUCGAGUCGGUGACUGGGUUCAUGGGGCGGGUCCUCAAGGCUCUGGAGAACUCGAAAGAGGAGCCGCUGCCGCAAAAGAACCGUUCUGCUGACGAGGGUACGGCGCGGGCUCAGCUUUCUUCUUCCAGUGCGGCACAAGACAUUUGA